AUGAUGAAUUCUGUGGAUAUUCCAGAUCAGGAUUAUUUUCAAAAGAUCCAUAUGAUAAAGAAGAUGCUGAAGCUGAUGCCAUUUAUGAAGCAGUCGAUAAACGAAUCUGAUGAGAAGCAUAAACAACACAGAGAGAGAAAAGAAAAAGAAAUUCUUGAAAACUAUCGCCACGAACGCCCAAAGAUUCAACAGUUAUUCUCUGAUGUUAAAAGAUCCCUUGCAAAUGUCUCAGAAGCUGAAUGGGCAGCUUUACCUGAAGUUGGUGAUGCACGUAACAGAAAGCAGAGAAACCAACGAGCUGAAAAGUUCACGCCAUUACCUGACAGCGUUUUUUCUAAAAAUCUUGGUGGUAAGAUAGUAAAUGCAAUCGAUCCCAGUUCAGGUCUCGCUUCAAUGGUUCCUGGUGUGUUUACUCAAAGUCGUGACUUAUACUUACGUAAAAGUGGACAAGCCCGUAACACCCUCAUGGAUGUUAAACUUUCUCAAGUUUCUGACUCUGUUACUGGUCACACAAUUGUUGACCCCAAAGGAUAUUUAACGGACUUACAAACUUCCGACAUACGGCGGAGAAAUUAA